AGUGUGGAUUGCUGUACUUUAGACGUUGUACGACUUGGAGAGCACAAAAUUUCCUCACGAAAACACUUAUUUAAGAAGCCCUGAUGGCUAGCGAGGUUUCCUGAGGCUCGGUCAGCGUCAGGAGGAACGAGAGAGCACCGGUGUUUCUCAACGGACGUAAUUUAAACCACAGCGAAACCAACACACCGGAGCUACGCCAGUGCAAACCUUUUCACGUUUAACAAACCACUAGAAUUCUUAUUGUGAAAUAUCAUUAGAAACAAGGAUUUUGCAGAGGUUGAAGAGUGAUUUUUUUUUUUUGGUACUGCGGCUAAUCACAGUCACCUUGACGUGAGGUAAAUAACCCUGCAUCAGGGCCCCUGAGAGACAAGGACAAGCCAGACUGGGACACAAACUGUUAAAGUGAUGCGGCUUACGAAGCCAACACUUUUUACUAAUAUGCCAGUGACUUGUGAGGACGGAGAUCUUCCUGGGGAUUUGUUCAGCCGACUUAUGAAGGAGGACCCGUCCACUGUUAAAGGAGCUGAGACACUAAUGCUUGGAGAAAUGCUAACACUUCCACAGAACUUUGGUAAUAUCUUUCUGGGGGAGACCUUCUCCAGUUACAUCAGUGUGCACAAUGACAGCUCUCAGGUAGUCAAGGACAUCCUUGUAAAGGCAGACCUACAGACAAGCUCACAGCGCCUAAACCUCUCUGCGUCCAACUCGGCUGUGGCAGAGCUCAAACCAGAAUGCUGCAUCGAUGAUGUCAUCCACCAUGAAGUCAAGGAGAUAGGAACACACAUUUUGGUAUGUGCUGUCAGUUACACUACUCAGACAGGGGAGAAGCUGUACUUCAGAAAAUUCUUCAAAUUCCAGGUGCUCAAGCCCCUUGACGUGAAGACCAAGUUCUACAAUGCCGAGAGUGACCUCAGUUCUGUGACGGAUGAAGUCUUCCUGGAAGCCCAGAUCCAGAACAUCACCAGUUCACCAAUGUUCAUGGAGAAGGUGUCCCUGGAGCCCUCCUUGAUGUAUAAUGUCUCAGAGCUCAACACCGUAACCUCGGGGGAACGGGGGGAGUCCACAUUUGGGAAGAUGUCAUACUUGCAGCCCAUGGACACACGCCAGUACCUCUACUGCCUUAAGCCGAAACCAGAAUUUGCCGAGAAGGCCGGUGUCAUCAAGGGGGUCACUGUCAUCGGCAAACUGGACAUUGUAUGGAAGACAAACUUAGGAGAGAGAGGUCGGCUCCAGACAAGCCAGCUCCAGAGAAUGGCUCCUGGUUAUGGAGAUGUGAGGCUUUCUCUUGAGUCCAUCCCAGACACAGUCAAUUUAGAAGAACCCUUUGAUAUCACCUGUAAAAUCACUAACUGCAGCAGUGAGAGGACCAUGGACCUGGUGCUGGAGAUGUGCAACACCAGCUCAAUUCACUGGUGUGGCGUGUCGGGUCGACAGCUGGGCAAGCUGAGCCCCAGCUCCUCGCUCUUCCUCCCACUCAAGCUCCUCUGCUCUGUGCAAGGUCUCCAGAGUAUAUCCGGACUAAGGCUCACAGACACAUUUUUAAAAAGAACAUAUGAAUAUGACGACAUUGCACAAGUAUGUGUGGUAUGUCCAUACAAUGGCCUGGAGGACUAGGUAGACCUUAGACAUGGCACUGUGCAUUUCGAAGGACCAACUAUUGAACACCUUCCCCCUUUUGAUAACUCUUAAAGGUGAUUGUGUUUUAAAAGGUUGAAUGUUUUAAUUGUAAAAAAAAAAAAAAAAGGGAAAAAAAAAUACUGUAAUUUUAAGUGUAAAAUAUUUGAAUAAAGUCUUACUAAUGGAAAACAGGA